GUGACGUCACUUCCUGCUUGGCGCUGCUAGGAGGAAGAGCUCGAAGAAAGCAACAGAAGGUGAGAAGAAGACAUGGCUGAGCUGUCACUGUACCUCACAAAUGUAAACGUGUCUCUGGGACAAGGUAUGGACACAGAGAAGAGUUCUACAGUGGAGAAGGAGUAUGAAAAUGUUGAACUUGGAGAUCUGGGUAAAAAGAAGCCGAAGAUUCCUCGCAGAACAAUCUACUUUGCAUCUGGUGAAACCAUGGAAGAGUACAGUACCGAUGAAGAGGAGGAAGAAGAACCAGAGAAAGCGAAGACUUUAAGUAAAGGGGAUCCAUCAAAGUUGACCUGGGGUCCAUACGUCUGGUUCCAAAUGUGGAGAGUGGCUACCUCUACCAUCUCAGUUUGUGACUAUCUUGGAGAGAAAAUGGCAUCGCUGCUGGGAAUCACGACACCAAAAUAUCAGUAUGCCAUUGAUGAGUACUACAGGAUGAAGAAAGAGGAGGAGGAAGAAGAGGAGGAGAACCGUCUCUCUGAGGAGGCAGAACGGCGUUUUGAGGAGCAGCACAAUCAGGAAGGCCAGCAGCCAAAGACCGAGCAACCAGAAGGAACUGCUUCUUUUGUGAACGUGACCUUUGAACUGGAGCAGGAAUCACAUGCUAUACCUGAUGCAAAUAAAGUGCCUGCGCCCAUUCCCUCCUAAAAUACUGUUCAGCUGAUUGAGCCGAUUUGAUGGUUUUUACCAUAUUAAACUUAGGCAUGAGGUGUGUUAGGUUCCUUUUUUAGAGGGGAAAGUUUAUCUUACGUGAAGUUGAACAUGAAGGUAACAUGUAUGUAACAUAUAAUAAUCAUUUUACACAGCCAUACAUAAAACUAUGGAAGCUUAUUUCUGACACGGAAUAAAAAUAUUUUAAAAGGUAAUUGCAGGAUUACCUUUUUCAGGAUUCUGAGUUUAUGUCUCACAAUUUCACCUUUUUUAGAAUUCUAGGUUUACAUCUUGCAAUGCUGUUUUUGAUACAGUUUUUAGACACUUAAUCUGAAUUUUAAGAAGAAGAAAAAAAGUCACAAUUGAAAGAUAUGAACUCGUGCUUUUGAAAAAAAAAAAAAGUCCUGAACUGUGAGAUAUAAACGCACAAGUGCAAGAAAUAAAAAUAAGAUUUGUUAGAUUAAAAAGUCACAAUAAGCUUUUAUUUAUUUUUAUUCUGUGGUGGAAAAAAUUUUCCAUAUAAAACCUCUCUUAGUCACUACAAUGAUUCAUUUUACAUUUUAAUAAUUAUAAACAUCUAAAAAGCCUAAGUGAAACACUAUAACAACUGCAUGGACUACCAAUCUCUUACAAUGCUGUAGAAUGUGAGUACUUACAAUAUUAGACAUUUCUAUGUUACUGAUAAUGCUAGGAGUUGUCUAGUAAAUUGUCAGAUGGGAAAAUUCCCUCUUUCAUAAAUCAGAGCUGAAACAUUUAAAAAAGUUAUUUUUCUAACCAAAUAUACUUUUUAUGCGAACAUUUUAUUUUUAAUGUGUAUGUAAAUGUGAAUUUGAGUUCAAUUUGUCUACCCCUCUGACACAAAAAAGCAUUUCAUUUUGAAGAGCGUAUAAUUUAUUUGUGUACAAUAAUUUUGUAUAAUGUAGGUGAAAACACACAUACCGUUCUAUAACGUAGGUGAAAAAAUACAGCUUGUUUUGUACAUAGUAUUACUUAAUAAACAAUUCAACAUAGAA